UUAUUUUUCUAAAAAUAUAUAUAAAAAUAAACUGAAGAAAAUGAAGAGCGUGUCUGGAAAUAAUAGUUUUUUUUCUUUAGACCAUAGGUAUAAUCUUGUUUAAAUUGAAUAAGAUUACUAAGGAGGACAAAACUCUCCCUCCAAGUAUGCAUGAAAAUAGUAUAUGAGUGAGGUUAAGUUUACAUAUACAACAUGACAUAACAUAAGACUAUAAGCCGUAUUCCUAACAAAUGAAAUGAACUUGCUAACAAAAUUGAGCUAACUGUGGGUUAAUUUAAACACCAACUCUGGUAAUAUGAACUCUUUGACCUAAGUGGCUAUAAAAUGAACGCAACAUUUCAAUGAAGUAACCAGAAGUAACAAUAUCCCAGAGUUCACUUUGGUACCUCAAAGGUUAGCUUUGUGUUACAUCGGGGGAAAACAUAGGUUUUGUUGAAGUAUGAGUCAGGAUCUGAAGAAAACUGCCUCUAACGGUCACGAGAAAAUGCUAAUAUCACAAGAACAGCAUGCAAAGAUCAAUGAGGUGAGAAGUUUGAUAGGCCCGUUAUCAGAUAAGGCAUCUGUGUACUGUUCUGAUGCAUCCAUCUCAAGGUAUUUAAGGUCACGAAAUUGGAAUGUCAAGAAGGCAACUAAAAUGUUGAAACAAAGCCUAAAAUGGAGAAAAGAAUACAAACCUGAAGAGAUCCGCUGGGAAGAGGUUGCUGAGGAAGCAGAGACAGGAAUUAUGUAUAGACCAAAUUAUCAUGACAAGUAUGGGAGAUCCGUGCUUGUAAUGAGACCUUGUUGCCAGAACUCAAAAUCAACACAGGUACAGGUUAAGUAUUUUGUAUACGUCAUGGAGAGUGCCAUUUUAAAUCUUCCACCACACCAGGAACAGGUGGUCUGGAUGGUAGAUUUCAAGGGUUUCAAGUUGUCAGAUAUAUCAUUCAAGGUGACACGUGAAAUUGCCCAUUUAUUGCAAGAGUAUUAUCCAGAGAGGCUGGGUUUGGCAAUAAUGUACAAUGCGCCAAUGAUCUUUCAAUCAUUCCUCUCGAUGGUAAAGCCCUUUGUAGAGGCUGAGACUUUCAAUAAAGUGAAGUUUGUCUAUUCCAAUGACCACAACACACAGAAGAUUAUGGAGGAUUUGUUUGAUAUGAAUAAUCUUGAAUCUGCAUUUGGUGGGAAUGGUGUCACUGUCACAGGAGAUGACAUAAAUAAAUUUGCUGAGAGAAUGAAAGAGGAAGACAAUAAGAAACAUUCUUUCUGGACACAGACCAAGUCUCUACCAUCAGUUGCACAUAAUGCUCCUUUAGAUUCGGUCAGGUUAGAUGCAGAUUCUGAUGCUUCUAACAAUGAGAAAAAGGACUGUUCCCCUGUUCCUAUCAAACCCUGAUCAAUACAUCUUGGUUGCUCGGACGAACAGAAAUUCCACGGCAUUGGAAUGAUAAUUACAUACUUAAAUCAGUGUUGAGUCAACUGUAAUAAUGCAGAAAGAUGUCAUGACACUCUAGUUUGAAACCUAGAUUUGAGACACCUAGUGUCAACUUCAUGUAUGAUUUAUGAUGAUAAAUAUUUUUGCCUUGUGGCUUGAAGCUUCUGAACUUUGAAAUAGGCAAGAAAUGGAUGCUUAUGCGCCAGCUUCUCA